UUUUUACUCAGACAACCUCAAAUCAGAGGCUUUCACUUCAAACUGUUUAGCUCAGUGCAGUCUUCUUCUUCUUUUGAUUCAGUGCUCAACUGCUCAUCUCUCCACGUCAAUUCCAAUAAUUAUUAUUCGAAUUUCGUUUGUUACCUAACGCGAUUAAUUUUUAUUCUCUAAUUAUCGUUGAAGAUUCCAGUGUUGAAGAUUCCAGUGUUCUUCGCAAUUUGAGACCCUGAGUUGAUUUUUCAUCACAUUCAUCGAUGUUCUUCCAAUUCAUAUGCAUGUAUGUGUAAUGCAUGUGUAUUCGCUAUCAAAUUCCGUUAGUGUAUGCAGUAAUUUUCACUUGCAUUUUCAAGUCCGGCUUCGCAUGUGCUUCGACAAUUUCUAGGUUCCAGCGAGAUUUGGAUGAAUUGGAGUAUUUCUGCUCUUAUUUAUUUAAUUUUGGUGAUGUAGUGGAGCGUAGUGCUGGCUGCGCCCAAUUGGGCUCAGAGUUGCGUUUCGCAAUUUUUUAUGACUAUUUGGGUAGAAUGCAUAUAUGAUUCCGCCGGAGUUCAUUAGAAAUUUGUAAAUUCCAUGAGAAAACGAAGGAGAAAUUAGAUUUAUCUCUGAAUUUGCAGUACCUUAAUGUAUAAGGGGAAAAGAAUUUCUUUCUUACUGACUUAGUUGCAAUAUUUUCAGUGUCUUGGCUCAUUUGUUCUAUUCCCUUCUAAGUUUAGUGUAUGAAUGGGGGAUUUCAAAUAGAUACUCACACUAUGUAGCAAUAUGACGAAUAGGACUAUGCUUGAUGGCUUCAGAGGUUACUGUUGCAUAUAAUUGCAACACUUGAAGAUAGGUGUGUGUCUGCUCACAGAGUCUUGCUAUCUAGGAACUCUUCCAUUCAUUUGACUCAUAUUUUGGUAGUGGUUCGACUAGAGUGAUAGUCUCAUGGAUGGAAUAUGGGAAUACUUGGAGCUGAUGGGAACUCCUGUGAAAAACAAUUCUCGAAAAGACACAGAUGUUGGUUGCUCUAAAACUAAGAAGUAUGUGAAGAAAAUGUAUGAAGCACUGAAGAAUGGUAAAUACCAGGUUAUGUUAUCUGGUCAGGCUUACACGUGCCCCUACUGCCCUGAAAAAAGGAGAGGAUCCUUCCGGUACACGGAUCUUCUGCAGCAUGCAACUUCAAUUGGAAGUUGCGAUUCAAAGAAAAGGACUGAAAAGAACAAGGCCAAUCACCGUGCACUGGCUAAGUACUUGGCAAAGGAUGCAGCUGCUGGAGCUGGAGCGGGUCCGGGUCCGGGUCCUUCAAAGCCUUCACAUGAGGUAGAUGUCCUUGUAGGCCUUGACCAUCGUGAGGUGUUUGUCUGGCCUUGCAUUGGGAUCGUUGUCAACAUUCCUACUAGUUUUGACGAUCGUAGUUCUGUGGGGGAGAGUGGUAGUAGUGACUUGAGAGAUCAGCUGGUAAGUAGAGGAUUUAAUCCCACCCGAGUGCUACCCUUGUGGAAUCACCAAGGCCAUUCUGGAACAGCAUUCGUUGAAUUUGAGAUGAAUUUUACUGGUUUCACCAAUGCAUUGUCUUUUGAGAAAGAUUACGAGGCUAAUCAUCGCGGAAAGAAGAAUUGGCUGGCAGACAAUGCCAAGAAGUCUGAUCUUUAUGCAUGGGUAGCCCGUAUAGAUGAAUAUACUUCUAAUAAUGUUGUUGGAGAAACUCUACGCAGGAUUGCAUGUCUUAAAGCCGUAUCAGUUAUCGUGGGAGAAGAAGCUCGAAGGACCAACACGUGCCCCUACUGCCCAGAUACAAGAAUGCGAGACUUUGAUUAUAGAGAUCUUUUGCAGCAUGUAAGUGCAAUAAGCAGGUGCAGUUCAAAGAAAAGGACGGCAAGAGACAAGGCAAAUCACUUUGCAAUGGCUACGUACUUGGAAACAGACAUGGUUUCUGUAGCUGGCCCUUCAAUGGCUUCUCCAGAGGUAGAUGCUCUUGCACUGGCUAAGCACUUGAAAAGUGAAGUAGCCACUGGAGCUGGUGCUUCAGAUCCGUCUGAUGAUGUAGAUGUCCUUGCAGACCAUGACCAUUAUGAGAUGUUUGUCUGGCCAUGCAUUGGGAUUAUUGUCAAUAUUCCAACUAGCUUCAGCAAUGGUCAUUAUGUGGGGGAGAGUGGUGGUGAAUUGAGAGACCAGUUGGCAAGUAGAGGAUUUAAUCCAACCAGAGUGCGACCUUUGUGGAAUCACCAAGGCCAUUCUGGAACUGCAAUUGUUGAAUUUUGUAUGGAUAUGACUGGAUUCACUAAUGCCAUGUCUUUUGAGAAAGAUUAUGAGGAUAACCUUCAUGGGAAGAAAAAUUGGCUGGAAAACAGUGGCAAGAAGUCAGAUCUCUAUGCAUGGGUAGCUCGCGCAGAUGAAUAUAAUUCUAACAGUGCUAUUGGAGAAAAUCUACGCAAGAUUGCACAUCUUAGAGCGUUAUCAGAUAUUAUGGGAGAGGAAGCUCGAAGGACCGUCACAUGCCCCUACUGUCCAAGCACAAGAAGACGGGACUUCCUUUAUAAAGAUCUUUUGCAGCAUGCAAGUUCAAUAGGCACUUGCUUUUCAAAGAAAAGGACAGAAAGAAACAAGGCAAAUCACCUUGCACUGGCUAGUUACUUGGAAAGAGACAUAGUUAGUGAAACUGGCCCUUCAAAGUCUUUAGAAAGUGAAAAACCUGCUGGGGCUAUCCAUUCAAAUCCUUAUAGGGAGGUAGAUGCCCUUGCAAACCAUGAGUUUCAUGAGUUGUUUGUCUGGCCAUGGAUUGGCAUUGUUGUAAACAUUCCAACUAGCUUUAGCAAUGGAUGUUAUGUGGGGGAGAGUGGUAGUAGAAUGAGGGAUCAGCUGGCAAGUAGAGGGCUUAAUCCAACUAGAGUGCGAACUUUGUGGAACAAUGAAGGCCAUUCUGGAACUGCAAUUGUUGAAUUUCGUAAGGAUUGGCUUGGAUUUACCAAUGCCAUGUCUUUUGAAAAAGAUUAUGUGGCUGAUCAUCACGGAAAGAAAAAUUGGCUGGCAAAGGAUGAGAAGAAAUCUGAUCUAUAUGCAUGGGUUGCUCGUGCAGAUGAUUAUAUUUCUAAUGACAUUGUUGGAGAGCAUCUUCGCAAGAUUGGAGAUCUUAGAACCGUUUCAGGUAUUAUGGAAGAAGACACUCGAAAGACCAACAAGCUUAUCCAUAAGUUAACAAAUGCUAUUGAGGCAAAGAAAACGCUCUUGCUAGAGAUGGAGAGUAAAUUAAAGGAGACAGAAACCUCUCUGCACCAGUCGAUCAAGGAAAAUGAUAAUAUGCGUCAAGCUUACAAUGAAGAGAUAAAAAAGAUUGAGUCAAGUGCCCGAAAUCAUUUUAGGAGGAUAUCCGAAGAUCACGAGAAGCUUAAAUCUCAGCUGGAAAUUCAGAAGAGAGAUCUUGAGCUCCGAGGUCAAGAACUGAUGGAACGGCAGAAACACAAUGAAAUUGAGAGGAAAAAGCUUGCUGAAGACCUUGAACAGAAUGCAGUGAAAAGUUGUUCCCUUCAAACUGUUUCUUUGGUACAAAGAAAGGCUGACGAAAAAGUAAUGAAGUUGGCUGAGGAACAGAAGAAACAAAAGGAGAACCUCCGUCAGAGAAUUAUUUUGCUGGAGAAACAACUGGAUGCAAAGCAAGCAUUAGAGCUUGAGAUUGAGCAGUUGAGGGGCAACUUGAAUGUCAUGAGGCACAUAAAAUUUGAAGGUGAUGUUAACGAAGAAGUGUUAAAUGAAGUUGAUUUGCUACACAAGGCCAUGAGAGAGAAGGAAAGAGAGCUUGGAGAUUUGGAAGCAAUAAACCAAACUUUAGUAGUGCAGGAGCGCAAGAGAAAUGAUGAGCUACAGGAUGCACGUAAAGAAUUGGUUAAUGGCCUGAAAGACAUGUCAAUAAAUUCUCAUAUUGGUGUCAAGAGAAUGGGGGAGCUUGAUAGCAAGCCAUUUCACGAAGUAAUGAAAAGGAUGUAUGGCGACUCUCAAGCAGACGAAAGGGCAACAGAGUUAUGCUCGCUGUGGGAGGAGUACCUUAGAGAUCCAGAAUGGCAUCCUAUAAAGGUGGUCAACAUUAAUGGCAAGCAUCAGGCUGUGAUAAAUGAAGACGACGAAAAGCUGAGAGACCUGAGAGAACAUUAUGGUGACAAAGUUCAUGACGCAGUGACAGCAGCCCUCUCUGAGAUAAAUGAAUACAACCCGAGUGGGAGGUACGUUAUAUCAGAACUGUGGAACCACGAAGAAGGUAGGAGAGCUUCCCUCAAGGAAGGAGUCGGGGUACUGCUGAAGCAUUGGAGGUCCUACAAGCGAAAGAGGGGGCCGGAGUGACAGAGCCGAACGCUUCCUUGUACUGUUAGUAUCUUAGAGUAGCUCGAUUCGUUUUCAGCCCGGUCACAGUGGGCACCGGGGGGCUGACUUGAAUAGGCAUGGCUGGGAAAUUGUGGUAAUUUGAUGAUGGUAGAAAAUGAAGUUCGAAUGAUGUUUAACAAAUAAAUUGUUGUACAAUUUUUCUAGAAUAAUCUGACUUUUCAUGUUAGGGGACCUUUAAUUUUAAUGAUAGAAUGUAUAGAUAAAAAUAAUCCAAGCUAAUCUACUACUUCCUUCGUCCCA